UGUUCACAGCAUCUUAGCUCUGUAAUCCACUGACUAGUACGUUUUAUUUUUUCAUUCUCAUUACUAUAUACUAUAUUGUAAUACAUUAUGAAUAAUUCUACUGAAGAUUGUGUUGCUGCCGCUUCUACUGCUGAAUCUCAAGAUAUUUUUGUACAAGAAGACGAAGAAGUGUUGGACAUUUUCACACAAAAAACUAACGGAGAAUCUACCUGUGAAAUUGAUUCGGCCAAACGUGAACUUUUUGUGGACCCGUGUUGGUCAGAGGAAGUUAGAACGUACAAAAAUCUCUUUUUGCAUUCAUUAUGGAAGAACGUCAAGGACCUCUUGCCGAAACAGGAGAACAUGGACGUAACAGAUUUGAUAAUGGCUUUGUCGGCGUGCUUGCACGUCUCCGGCAGCGCCGAAAUGCUGCCGGUCCAUAUACUCCUCUUGUACCUCGCCAACAACUAUCACUACGGGGCAAUGACGCCGAUGGGGCUAACGAAAUUGUUACAGAAACUACCGCCACCACAAUUGUGGAAAGAGACCGAAGUUCAAGUGUCCUCAAUCAACUCAGACAGCACUAUCUCGCUCCUGGAGGCGGUAUGGGCGGAGUGA